AUGGAAAAUUUCGAUUAAACAACCAGAUUGAUGAGUUUUAAUAAAGUCUUUAAGAUGAUUGAGGAAAAUUAAAAAUAAAAGAAAUAAUCUGUCGACAAUAUGAUUAUGUUCAUUAUCAAUAUGAUUGAAGAACUCUAAAAGGAUCUUAUGGAAUUAAAAUCUAAAGCAGUCAUAUAAUUAGAUUAAUUAAUUCGAAAUGUAGAUGAAUGGAUCGGAAAUGUAAAGUUGGUUGGAUAACAACAAGUUACUUAUAGUUUUUAUGAUUAAUUAGACAAACUAAUUAACUAGAAUAUUUUGGAAGAACUCAAUCAAAAAUCACUAAUUGAUAAAAUGAAUUAAAUUUAAUAAUCAUAUAAUCAAAAAAUUUAAAUGAAUCUGAAUUCAUUUAAACAAUUUUAAAAAUGCGAAGAAAUAUUAAAAAAGUUAAGAAAUAUCAAUGAAACAAGAGAGAAUAUAAAAGAGUAGAUAUAGAGUGAAAAAUAAGUGCAAAAAAUUUAAGUAGACAAUGAAUAGUAAUAAUAAUUUGAAACAUAAUUGAUGAAGUGUAAAUAAGUUGAAUUUAAAUUAAUUGAUUCGAAUAAAUAGAGCGGUUAGUGUUUUGCAAUAGUGUUCAAUGUAGAGGGAUCAAUUAUGGUUUCAACUGAGGAGAAGACUAUUAAAAUAUGGAAUUUUUAAUAAGGUAGGUUGAAAUUAAUUGAUUCUUAUAAUAAACAUACAGCAUCUAUUAAUUACAAAUAACUUUAUUUCAGGUAAAGAUAAACAAGAAAUUAUCUGUUGGCAAUAAAUUAAUGUAAAUAAGUGGAAGUGCUCGUAACCAAAAAAAUAGCAUAGUUCUAGUGUUGA